AUGAAGGAUCUGGACCUGCUGCACAGACAGAACAUGGCCCCAAGACCUAUACUUGAGAUGAGCCUUGGCUUGGCAAGGGAUGUGCUCAACCUUCACGACCGUUAUGAGGAUUUGAAGCCCACUUUCAAAACCUCUGAGUUCUGCAAGGCCACUCAUGAAGCCAACUUGGCUGAUUUUGCAAAGCAGAAGGCAGAACUGGACCAAAUGGUGGAGGGGUAUAAAGAAGCCAAAGCCACCGCGAACAAACUGGAGAAACAUAUUGCAGAGCUUCAAAAGCAGUUGGCAGAGCGCCGGGAAGUGCAGCACAGGCUCGGGGCUGGAUUGAGCUCCAAGACUAAGGCCACUUUCCUUGUGCAGAACAUGGUUGCAGCUUCUAGGCCAGCCCUGGAGAUUGCAGAGACUUCAAUUCAUCAGGGGGUGCUGCUCCAAAAAGAACUUUCUAUCAAGAAGACCAAUCUGCAAGAGACUCUCAGAAAAUUAGGAUUUUGA